AUGUCAUUAGGAAAAUUAUUGACAUUUAAAAUCUUCCACUAUCCCAUAAUUUUAAUCAAUUGCAUUAUUAUCCAUAUUUAUGGUAAAUUAGUGUAAUUUUAAUUAUAGUGACCUAUUUCUCGAGUGAAUUCAUUUCAAUGUGGAUUCUAAACUCAUUUAUGUCACUUUAACAUUAAAUUAUGUGUCCUAAUCAAUCUUAUCUUUUAAUAAAUUUGCUAUUGAAUUUACACAUAAAUAAUUUUUGCAUAAUGUUGUAAGAAAAAGUCAGAGAAGGAAAAAAAAAAUCAAAGAAAUAUUAACUUGGCUUAUACUUUGUAAUUGUAGUUGAAUUUUUAAUGACUUGGGGAUUGUAUACUGUCUUCAUUCAUUAAUAUCAAAACUUAUUAAUCAAAUGUUUAAGAAAUUUAGCUAUAGCAUUAUGGGUUAUAUCAGAAAUUUGCUACAUUAGAAUUCAAUUUUCAGACCCUGGAGAAAUACUAUAGAAGACAGUGCCAUUGAAAUUACUUAAUAAUUCGCAAUUACUGUAGUAUUACCAAAAUAUUUGCGAUAAGUGCAACAGUUGGAAGCCCCCUAGAGCACAUCAUUGUAAAAGGUGUCAGAAAUGUAUUUAUAAAAUGGAUCAUCAUUGCGAAUGGACGAAUAAUUGUGUAGGAGCUUUAAAUUAAAAAUAUUUUGUACUAUUUCUACUCUACGUGUUUUGUUACAUUAUCACUAUCUUAUCAAUACAUAUUUUGGGAAUUUACUCUUUCUUUAUGACGAAUUAUUAAAAUAUAUGGGAUUCAUUAACGGCUAAUUAAUUUGAGAUUGUUGAAGUCAUCUUGGUCAUAAUAAUGUGUUCUUUCUUUUCAUUUUUUGUCAUUUCAAUGCUCUGGGAUCAAAUUUAAGUAAUUAGAGACAAUUAAACAGUGAUCGAGUCAUUAUAAGGCAAAUUCGGGAGAUAAUAAUCAUUUUUACAAAAUAUGAAGUAAUUCAUGGGUGAUGAAAAAUGGUAUUAUUGGUUGAUACCAACUACUCCAAUAUUGAAGUUGAACUAUGCAGAAAUAGUCUAUGGAGAGUCAUUGUUCAAUAUGGGAACAUCUUAUUUAGAAGAUAUCAUUUAUGAUGAAAAGAAUCCGUAAAGUGCCUACUUUGCUGAAUUUAUGAUAGAUAAUUAUAAAAAGAAGAAGACUUGA